AUGGAGGCAAUAGCAGCCAGCACUUCCCUGCCUGACCCUGGUGACUUUGACCGGAAUGUACCCCGGAUAUGUGGGGUGUGCGGAGACCGAGCCACAGGCUUCCACUUCAAUGCUAUGACCUGUGAAGGCUGCAAAGGCUUCUUCAGGCGGAGCAUGAAGCGAAAGGCGCUGUUCACCUGUCCCUUCAAUGGGGACUGCCGCAUCACCAAGGACAACCGACGCCACUGCCAGUCCUGCAGGCUCAAGCGCUGUGUGGAUAUCGGCAUGAUGAAGGAAUUCAUCCUGACAGAUGAGGAGGUGCAGCGUAAGCGAGAGAUGAUCCUGAAGCGGAAGGAGGAGGAGGCUUUAAAAGACAGUCUGCGGCCCAAGCUGUCCGAGGAGCAGCAGCACAUCAUAGCCAUCCUGCUGGAUGCCCACCACAAAACCUAUGACCCCACCUAUGCUGAUUUCACCCAGUUCCGGAUUCCCAUUCGUGUGGAUGAGAGUAGAAGAAGCCAUCCUCCAAGGCCCACACACAGCGUCUCCGGGGACCCCUCCUCCUCCGGCUUAGAUCUCUACACCACCUCUCUAGAUAUGAUGGAAUCACCUAGCUUCUCCAACCUGGAUCUAAACGAAGAAGAUCCAGAUGAUCCUUCUUCUCUGACUCUGGAUCUAUCCCAGCUCUCCAUGCUGCCCCACCUGGCUGACCUGGUCAGUUACAGCAUCCAAAAGGUCAUUGGCUUUGCCAAGAUGAUCCCAGGAUUCAAGGAUCUCACCUCUGACGACCAGAUUGUGCUGCUGAAGUCAAGCGCUAUUGAGGUUAUCAUGUUACGCUCCAACCAGUCCUUCAGCAUGGAUGAUAUGACCUGGGACUGUGGCACCCAGGACUACAAGUAUGACAUCAACGAUGUGGCCAAAGCUGGGCACACCCCGGAGCUGAUUGAGCCCCUCAUCAAGUUCCAGGUGGGACUGAAGAAGUUGAACUUACAUGAGGAGGAACAUGUUCUGCUUAUGGCUAUCUGCAUCGUCUCCCCAGACCGACCUGGGGUGCAGGACCGAAAGCUGAUUGAGGCCAUCCAGGACCGCCUGUCUAACACACUGCAGACCUACAUCCGCUGCCGCCACCCACCCCCGGGUAGCCACCUGCUCUAUGCUAAGAUGAUCCAGAAGCUGGCUGACCUGCGGAGCCUCAACGAGGAGCACUCUAAGCAGUACCGCUGCCUCUCCUUCCAGCCUGAAAGCAGCAUGAAGCUCACACCCCUUGUGCUGGAGGUGUUUGGCAAUGAGAUCUCCUGACUAAGGCAGCCUGCAGUGACACCUGGGAGGGGCUGCUCUUCCCUAGCCCUGUGCCCAGGUCCUAAGCUGGCUGUAGCCCAGAGGUACCUCCCACCCCUUCUGGAGUUCUCUGCCAUCAUCCUUUCUACCUGGUCCAUCCUUUCUCCUGUCCAGCCUAAUACCUGUUCCCCCUUUCCUUCAGGCCACGGGCUAGCCCAUAUCCCCUUGAGAUCUCAGUCAUGAGAAGUUGUUGUUUAU